AUGAACAGAAAAAGAAGAAAUGAUGGGCAGUUGCAACCAGUGGAAAAGAAAAGAUGUGACGAUAGCAGCUCAGAUGUAGAUCUGUCUGCACAAGACUCCAGUCAGAAUGAGUCUCUCAGUGACCAAGAGGACCACAGACCCAGUUUCUCGAUGCCGUCUAUAUCUUUUAACGCCACAGAUGAAGACCCUGCAUCAGAGCCCUCAUCCAGGUUCUCCAUGUACAACAGUGUUUCCCAGAAGCUUAUGGCCAAAAUGGGCUUCCGUGAAGGUGAGGGCUUGGGAAAGUUUGGCCAAGGACGCAAAGAAAUUGUAGAGGCAUCAACACAGAGAGGGAGGAGAGGUCUCGGCCUGACACUUCAGGGCUUUCAGGGCGAGCUUAAUGUGGACUGGCGUGAUGAACCUGAGCCAAGUGCACUAGAAAAAGUUGAUUGGUUCCCAGAAUGCACUACAGAAAUGCCGGAUUCACAUGAACUCCUGGACUGGAUGCUUACUGGCCCGAUAAAAUUGAAAAUUGAAGAUGAAACAGAGUUUUGCACUGAAGACCUUCUACAUACUCUUCUAAGAUGCAAGACGAUAUUCGAUGAUCUAGACGGUGAAGAGAUGAGAAGAGCUCGAACUCGCUCCAACCCUUAUGAGACCAUUAGAGGCGGGAUCUUCCUCAACAGGGCUGCUAUGAAAAUGGCAAAUAUUGACCAUUGCUUUGACAACAUGUUCACCAACCCUAAAGAUGCACAAGGAAAACCCCACAUAAAGGACAGAGAAGGAGAACUCUUGUACUUUGGAGAUGUGUGCGCGGGGCCGGGAGGUUUUUCAGAAUACAUUUUGUGGAAGAAAGGCUGGCAUGCAAAAGGCUUUGGCAUGACUCUGAAAGGACCCUGUGACUUUAAACUUGAGGAUUUCUUUGCUGCGCCGAGUGAACUUUUUGAGCCCUACUACGGUGAAGGAGGCAUCGAUGGGGAUGGAGAUAUAACGCGGCCAGAAAAUAUCACUGCUUUCAGAAACUUUGUGCUGGAAAGUACUGAGGGGAAAGGGCUGCAUUUUCUCAUGGCAGAUGGAGGAUUCUCUGUGGAGGGUCAAGAAAACCUACAAGAGAUUUUAACCAAACAGUUGUUGCUUUGUCAGUUGCUCACUGCCGUUUCAACUCUUAGAACUGGUGGGCACUUUGUCUGUAAGACGUUUGACCUUUUUACGCCUUUCAGUGUGGGGCUAGUUUACCUUAUGUACCUCUGUUUUGAAAGAGUUACACUUUUUAAACCCAUCACAAGCCGACCUGCUAAUUCUGAGAGAUAUAUAGUUUGCCGUGACCUAAAGCCAGGAUCAGAUGCAGUUCGAGAAUACAUGUUCAAGGUUAAUCUUAAACUUAACCAACUGAAAAACACAGACAGAGACGUUUUAGAAGUAGUUCCCCUGCACAUAAUCAAAGAGGACGCCGAGUUCUACCAGUUUAUGGUCAACUCUAACGAGAGUCUCUGUGUUGUCCAGAUCAAGGCUCUUGCAAAAAUACACGCUUUCGUUGUAGAUCCGGCUCUCUCAGAAACAAGACAAGCUGACAUACGAAAGGAAUGUCUCAAACUUUGGGGAGUCCCAGACAAGGCCAGAGUAACACCAGUCUCCUCAGACCCAAGAUCCAAAUUUCAGGAACUUUUGAAGGGUGCAGACCUGGAGGCAUUUCAGAGUAAACCCACUUCUCUUAACACAAGCACACUCGAAAAGCUGCGACAUGUCCUCGAUCACAGGUGCAUUGUGGGAGGCGGUGAACAAAUCUUCCUUUUAGCUUUGGGGAAAUCGCAGAUAUACACAUGGGAUGGGAAGUUGCCUUUGCGGUGGAGGAAACUGGAGAAUUUCAAACUGGAGCUGCCCAGAGAUACGCUUCUGAGUGUGGAGAUUGUCCAGGAGCUGAAGGGAGAGGGCAAAGCACAGCGAAGAAUCAAUGCAGUUCAUGUAAUGGAUGCACUGGUGUUGAAUGGCACUGAUGUAAGAGACCAGCACUUCAACCAAAGAAUUCAAAUGGCAGAGAAAUUUGUGAAAGCCGUGGCUAAACCAAGCAGACCUGAUAUGAACCCCAUCAGGGUGAAAGAAGUGUACAGACUUGAAGAAAUGGAGAAGAUCUUUGUCAGACUGGAGAUGAAAGUGACAAAGAGUUCAGGAGGAAUGCCCCGUCUGUCCUACACUGGCCGAGACGACCGCCACUUUCUCCCCUCAGGCCUUUACAUGGUUAAAACAGUCAAUGAGCCUUGGACAAUGGUGUACAGUAAAAACUCCAGGAAGAAAUACUUCUAUAACAAAAUAACAAAGGAAUCCACCUAUGACCUUCCACCAAACUCUGCUGCUCCCUUCCAUGUGUGUCACUCAGAGCGACUAUUCUGGGCCUGGGAGGACGGCGUCAUAGUCCACGAUUCACAGACGCGAAUGGAUCCUGAAAAACUGUCAAAAGACGACGUGCUGUCUUUUAUUCACUCAAACCACCAGAUGUAA